GAGUUCAGAACGGUGAGGGGCGUCUCUGAUGUAGCCUCUGUAGUCCUUAAUUUCCUUCAGUGCAAGGCUGAAGUGACAGAGAGGGUGAAGUCACUGAUCCAGAUCGUUACUUCCCGGGGCAUAGAGGUGGAACUAGAAGACGAAACAAAACUGGGGAGCAAGUAACAGGUCUGCGGACAGACUUUAGAAAGGUGGUAUGGAAAGCCGGGAUCCCUCAAAGGCUGUCCUUAGCCCUUCCAGCGUGCUGGUGACCGGUGCCAACCGCGGGCUGGGGCUGGAGUUUGUCAGGCAAUUGCUUCAAGUGCCCAAGCCUCCCCAGAAGUUGUUUGCGACCUGCAGGAAUCCCUCUGAUGCCCAGGAACUUCGAGAGCUCGCGGCUCAGCACUCCAAUGUUCGGAUCCUCCGCCUGGAUGUGGAGAAUGUUGCCUCUAUCCAAGAGGCUUCAGUUUCCGUCAAGGAGCAGCUAGAAGGCUUGGGGCUGAAUUUACUCAUCAACAAUGCUGGAAGGGCCAUUAGAAAUACAAUUCACUGCGAGUCGGAAGAAACCAUGCACCUGCUAUACCAGAUUCAUGUCGUUGGUAGCCUAAAAAUGGGCCAGGCAUUCCUGCCCUUGUUGAAGAAGGCCGCCCAAACGGGCCCCCAGGAUAGUCUCAGUUGUAACCGGGCUGCUAUCAUCAACAUUUCUAGUAAUGCAGGCUCCCUAACAGAAGUUGAGGGCUGGGAAUAUGGUCAUUGUUUGUCCUAUCGCUGCAGUAAGGCUGCCCUGAACAUGCUCACCCGGUGCCAAGCCCUGGCCCUUAAAGAAGAAGGCAUCCUGUGUACUGCUAUUCAUCCUGGCUGGGUUCAGACAGAUAUGGGCACUUCUUCAGCUUUUGUGCCUCAUUUGAAGAAAGAAGAAUCAGUGCAAGGCAUGCUGAAGAUCUUUUCUACACUUUCGGAGGAGAAUUCAGGGGGGUUCUACAGUUGGGAGGGAAAGGCAUUGUCUUGGUGAAGUCACAGCCAGCUGGGAGGCAGCUAUAGAGAACGAACUCCAGUUAUCCUUCAUGCCUUUCCAUCAGCAGCCCAGGAGUGACCACCUCAUCUUGGUUUACCUCUUUCCUGAGCUCUGAAUGCCAAUAAAGUUGUUUAACUGCCUCCCUAAA